CGUUCGGCGUGACGGAGCUUCCUGCUGGCGGCGAGGGCAGCUGCAGCCUGCGCCGUUGUCCCGGCGGAGGGUGGCGGCGGCGGCACCGGGGAGGGACCCACAAGACUCGGCUGUUGUGAACAAGACAAGUACUGAAACAUGGUGGAUUACUAUGAAGUUCUGGGAGUGCAAAAGCAUGCCUCAGCAGAAGAUAUUAAAAAAGCGUACCGCAAACUGGCAUUAAAAUGGCACCCUGAUAAAAAUCCAGACAACAAAGAGGAGGCAGAAAGACAAUUUAAACAAGUAGCUGAGGCCUACGAAGUUUUGUCAGAUGCUAGAAAACGGGACAUCUAUGACAGAUAUGGAAAAGAAGGCUUAAUAAAUGGAGGCGGAGGUGGAAAUCAUCAUGAUAAUCCAUUUGAAUUUGGAUUUACAUUCCGGAACCCAGAAGAUGUAUUUAGGGAGUUUUUUGGUGGAAGGGACCCGUUUUCAUUUGACUUCUUUGAAGACCCUUUUGAAGACUUCUUCGGGAACAGGCGGGGUCCAAGGGGAAGCAGAAGCAGAGGUGGUGGAUCAUUUUUCUCUGCCUUUGGUGGAUUCCCUGCUUUUGGAAGUGGUUUUUCUUCAUUUGACACAAGUUUUGCUUCGUUUGGCUCAUUGGGACAUGGAGGCCUUACUUCGUUCUCCUCUACGUCAUUUGGUGGCAGUGGGAUGGGUAACUUCAAAUCAGUAUCAACCUCAACUAAAAUAGUUAAUGGCAGAAAAAUUACUACAAAGAGAAUUUGUGAGAAUGGACAAGAGAGAGUAGAAGUUGAAGAAGAUGGCCAGUUAAGGUCGCUAACAAUAAAUGGUGAGGCAAAUGAAGAAGCCUUUGCUGAAGAGUGCAGACGGAGAGGACAACACGCCCUGCCUUUCCAGCCGACCAACCCUCGCCUGCUGAAGUCCCACAAGCCUGCCAGUUCUCCCAAAUAUGCCUUUCAUUAUAAUAGUGAUGAGGUGGAAGAUCAAGAUAGAAGCCGGGUUACAAGCAGCUUGGAGACCCCUUUUUAUUUAUCAGGUGUGCACAAGCAUGUUGAUGAGAAAUCUGCAGAAAAGGGUCCAUCAGCUAGUCAAAAGCCAAAACCAAAAAGGAAAGAAAAAGGAAGAAGCAGUUGCUGUGUCUUGACUUAAUGUUAGGUCCCUCGUAGAUAAUAAACACAGCCUGUGUGUCUUCAUCCUGCCUUAGUUCUGCUCUUCACUUUAGUCUAGAUUCACAAAUGGGAUAUUCUGGUAUCUAGGGCAAAUAUUGUUAUGUUGCUGAAGUGCCUCUGCUCUUUGUUCUUAAAAGAUAAGGCCUUUUAGAGUUUAAUCACAGUAUUUUGCACAUUAAUUUACUUAAACUGUGCUCGGCUUCCUUGUUGAAGAAGUUCAGCAACUCGAUACUAUUUUUGGAAGCUGCAGUUUUAGGCACCUAAAUACUAAUAGAGAAGGCUGAGAAUUCAGGUGAAUGUGGAAGGGUGGGGAUUCUGUUAUUUUUAGAAAUAAUUAGUUCUUUGAUAUACUUGCUCUCUAAUGUUUUGACAAUAUAGUCCAGAGGCUAUCUUGGACAAUGAAGUCUUCAUAAGUACUUGAUUUAAUUUGAAGCUGUGGUCAAAGAUCAUCCAGGACUGCCAGGGCAGGUUUUUCUGAAACAUGAAGAUGACUUUCUACUUGGAUGCCCAAGCCAAGGGCCCUUCUCAGUAGUGCUGAAUUAGGUGAACUGCUGGGAAGCUUGAGCAUGUGAGGCUUCUCAGGGUAAACACAGCCCAUGAAAAACACAUGUUGUACCCCAAAACAUGUGCUUACAUACUCCCAGUGCUGUACCAACUUCUGUGUUUAUGAGCCUUUAAAUCUAAUGCUGCUUUCUGUAUGGAAGAUUUAAAUAUGCCAUAUGGGAUGGCAGCUUGAAAAAAUAGAAACAUUCAGAUCAGUGUCUUUCUGAUCAGUUCCUGGAAGUUUUGUCUCUCCAGGGAUGGCUGAGUAGAAACUAUUCUUUAAAAAAAAACAAAUUAAGAAAUUAAAACUUCUCUACAGAAGCCUGAAUGUAACCUCUGGGCUGAUGUCCUGACAUCUCCCACACAAGGGUUACAGGUUUUGUCUCCCAUGUGUCUUGCCAGCACAACAAAACCUUGGCACUGCAUUUGGAAACUUGUGGUUCUCAGCAAUCAUAACACUGCUUUGUAAUGGUUUCCAAAGAGCAUCUGAGUUUGACAUGCACCUUGCAGUUUUCAGAGCAAUUUUUAAGGUUACUUAGGACUUUUUGCUGUGAAUCUAUUUAUGCUCCAAGACGCACAAGUUUGCAGUGAAAAGGAAUUUUCAGAAGUACUUGUGCCAUCACAAAAUCUUCUCUUCUGCCAGUAGAUUGUGAGUUGCCAUAAAAGAUUCAGGAUGAAAACUUGAUUGCAGUAAGACUAAGAUUUUACUUUUGCUUUAAAUAUUUUGUCCUCUGAUGGACAGGGCUGCUGAAGGACUGGCCGAGUCAGUCAUAAAAACCUACGUGAGUGUCUUAAUCCCUCCCCGGGAAGUUUGUGCACAAGCCCUGGCCAAUAACACCCUUCUCCUUCAUGGGUGUUCACCAGCAAGCAGGCUUCACCAGCGCAGCUCUGGAAUUACAUAGACCACUUCCUUGCCUCUGCUUGGCUUCUCAUCGAUCACUGCAAGAGCGGCCGUGCUUACACGGGCCAGCGUUGGGAAAGAAUAGCAUCUUUCUCUGCCUUGGUCCAAAGCCCACCUGAUUCAGUGGAAACUAGUUAAGUUCAAUGGCCUCAAACCAAGCACUGUUCCACCUCGAAUCAGAUGGUUUUGCCACCACUGGUGCGUGGCCCUUGGCAGUGAGACUGCACGGCAGUUUUAGGCGUUGUCCCACUUAGAGCACCUCAAGCAAAUCCUCAGUCAUUAAUGAUUCACCUGCAGUGAAAUGGUUUUCUUUUCCCAGCUCUAAGAGUGGGAAUGUUUGAGUUUCAAUUUUUAAGUCUGUAGCAAAUUUAUAUGAAGGAAAAGGGAAUGGGUUUCUUCUUGACCAGGUGGUAGGGAUCCCUCUGGAAGUGGUCAUCUCUCUCUAGCACCCAAGGAGAGAGGCUGGCCAAUUAAUUUAGACUGGCAGCUAUAUCCAGAGGUGAGAUGAAUCCUCUCCUUAGUCAGGAUUUCCAGUCACUACAGUGAGUAUUUAAUAAAAAAAAUAGUUUUUAAUUUGAUUCUCCAUCUAACAUUGACACUUUGCUGUUUUAGUAGAAGUUGCUCUGGGUUUCAUACUGUUCCUGGUUUUGUAAUGGCCUUUUAGAAGGAAACUUCACCUCUUGUGCUCUUACCUUAAAAAGCUUGCUAGCUCCAAACAAUUUUUAAAUAAGAAUUCAGAUACUGCAAGUAAUGUGCUCCCUGGUUGUGUGAUGUGUGGCUGACUGGUGGUAUCCAAGCUGUGUCAAAGUGAUAUUAAUGCCAGCAGAGACCCAGGGGAUGCCGCUGUUAACAGCAGAGGUAGUGGUAACUACCCCUGAAAACUGACUUAUUUGGAUUUGAGAGUCUUGACUUUUAUCUAGCAAGAAUGGUUGAAAUGUUUGAUUGUUAAAAUACUGAAAAAUAAAUGAUAGAAAAGAUCGUUACUUGGAAGAUAAUAUUGCAAGGUUUGCUCUUGCUUUUGAAUGAAAUCGCUUGCAUGAACCUAAAAAAUCCAAUAUUAAUAAUUCAUUUUUGCUCCAUUUUGACCCACUGGCAUCCCUGAAAAGGAAACCACUUUAGAAGAAUAAGCUUAACUAAUCUUGAUCCUUUCCUGGCAUGGAUUCCUCUGCUGGAAAGUGGAGCUAUUUGUACGUUAUUACAUCUUUAACACGGUCUCUGUUCCUCUUUCCGACAUAAGCUUUCCUGAAUUGCACAUCACUAACGAGUACAAUCCAUGUGCUUGGUUAUCCACACUAAUUACCUUAUAAUUCUCUCACAUACUUGUAUUUGGACAUGCCAUGGAAAGAGAAAGGAGAGCAAAGCCACUGUUUUUGGUGGAAAUCUAAUCCAUAAGGAAUGCUGGAAGUGUGGGGAUGGGAGGGAGUUCACUCUCCCUUUGCUGCACAUCCCCUGGCUGUUAGUGUGUGUGGUGGGACAGGGUGACAGCCAAACUCUCCUGUGGGCAGAUUGGCUGGUGGAUUUGGAGACUGGCUGGUUGCUCCUUGGCUUAGCCAGAGCUGCCCUCACACAUGGUUUUUUGGCUGUUAGUACGAGAGCAUCCCGUUACCCAUUUGCUUCCCAUAGGAAGUGGCUGGGUUCCACAUGGAAAGGCUUCCAAGGCUGCAGAGCCUUGCAAGCUUUUGCUUGCCUUGUGGGAGUAAAACGUGGGACGCUAUUUAGUAAUAGUAUUACCUUAAUAGCAGGCAAGCAGGUUGUAUGUUAUGUUCUUGUAGCAAUUCUAGGCAGAAUUGGUAAUGAAAGCAGUAUUGUGAGCAAGGAUGAAGGAAGGCCCCAGUAAGUUGCUACAGCUAUUCGGUCCCCUAAAACAUCAAAGCUGGGAUUACAUCACUGGGCUGGCCAGUGAAACUGGAGAACUCGCCCCUUGGAUUUAGCAGUGUGGAUAAUUAAAUAGGAGAGCAGCAUACCUAGACAGGGUGGGAUGUUUUGUCACCUCAGGUCUUUAUGCUCUCCUUCCCAUGCUCUGUGGCACAGGCAGGAGCUGAGGAUGAGGAGAGAGAAUUAGUAGGUCAGAUUGUGAUGUGUGUUGGGCAGUGGCUCGGGCUGAAAGGAGGGGAUGUGAAAGUGUAGUUUAAAGCUGUAAUUGUAAAUUGAGUCACACACAUGAAAUUAUACUGAAGCUGUGAUCUCAGGUGAAUUUUAUAAUGCCAUAUGCAAGUGUAGCCAGGCUGAAAUAACAGAUGGUGGCUGCAUCUCAGAAGUAAGCUAAGCUACCUUUGAAAUAGCAAUUUAGUAUUUGAACUAGAAAGGUGUUUCUAAGAGCAGAAAGUUAGAAAGCACACCACAGAACCCAACUUGCACGUGCCCCACUGCCCUGUUAAAGCUCUGUGUGCAUGCUGGAGCCGUGACUGCCUCCCUUUGAAGGAGGGCAAAAGAAUGGCCAUGAUCUUAGCAAAAUGUUGGAUCUCAAAAAAACAUUUUUUCUGGGACUUGCGUAGAAAGCAUGAAUCCCUCCCACCUCCAACCUCAGUGCUUCAGACCCUAAAAGUGGAAGGAGGCUCCUUAAGAGGUUUCACCUUUGCAGGGGAUCUUCUGUAAAAAUCAGGCCAUGGCCUUUAUUACUGACUGAUGUGGGUCGAGAAGCAGCAAUGCUGCAAGUUCAUUGUCGGUUGUGACUGAACACCUUGUUACCUUCUGCUGACUCCUAAGCUCUCCUGUGCUGGCAGAAGGAAGGUGAAGCAGACUCAUCGCUUAUCUUUGCAUCCUGGUAGAACAGGCGGAUGUCAGGCAGGGCAGAAAGAAGUAGGAUACCAGAAGUGGUUUGGGUAGGAGUGUUUUCCCGAGGACACUUGUCCCUUUGGAUCAAUCGCUUGAUUCACCUCCCUUGCAGUUGCCACCCAAGAAUGUGAUGUGUUUCAUAAUCAGUCACUGAACAAACCUGUGACUUUGAGAGGUGCAGAUGGCAGAGAAACAGAAAGCCAGAAGGAAAGUCAAUCUGGGACACAGCAGGGAGGCUUCCCAUUUUUUUUUUUUUUCAGUCCUUGCUGAGUAGUUAAGGGAGUUCCUACUAAGCAUUGUUGGAAGUUGGUUUCAGCCUUCAGCAGCUUUAUGAAAGCUGGAAUAGCUUCUGUGCUCUUUAUUGUUCUUCUGAAGGCAGAAGAGGAGCAGGUUAGAAGAUGCUGUUUUAGACAACAAUUAUCCAGGUUGUAAAACAGAUGUAAUUCCAAAUGGUGUAGAUUCUUGUUUCAUCCGUUGCUGCUCCUGACAAAAGCAGGAACAUAGCAAGUUAGGGUGAUUAUCUAUCUGCAUUUAAGUGGAUCUGGUUUCCAAAUGUUGAAGGUUGGGGAAGCUCUCGGCAACCUAUACUUCCUCCACCCUGUCAUGGAUUUCUAGACUUUGGGUGGCAAACAGUUGCUUUGAAGGGUGGAAAUUUGCCAAGCCUUUCUCCAAGGCCAGAACUGUUUGGCUGACGCUCGUUCAGCCAGACAUUAACUAUGGGAAGUUUCUGUGGCCACUCUGUGAAGCUGGCGACUCACCAGGACACGGGUUCACUGCAAAUUCAUCACAUGGUGCUGGGGCUGCUGCUUUCUAAUGCAGAUUUUGUUCUGGCAUUACUUUGGGGCUAGUCUUGUAACCAAGACAGCUAAAUAUGCUUUUAAUUACUGCUGGUUGAAGUAUUCAAGUAAAAGAAGCACCAAAGGGUUACACCUGCAGUAUGAAAUUUAUUUUUGUUAAGAGCUGCUUCACAUGUUUGGAUCAAGUUUUUGGCUGUUACCCCCAGCAGAGCAUCACUGGAGCGAAAAGACUGGCAAAGUUUGACCUGUUCUUUCUUCUUAGGUGGUGGUAGAAAAGGAAAUGGUUGAGAGUAAAAUUAUUUAUCACAGCAGGCUCAAAACAGAAAAGACCUGGCAGUUUUCUCUUGAGGCAUGCUUCGUAUUUGUGUGUUAUCUCCUACUUUGGCCAAUCUGAUUCUGUGUGUCAGUGAUAACACUUGAAAGAUUUUGACUUUGCAACCUUAUCAUUCCAGAGGCUGGUAGGAGACUGUGUUGUCAAAUGCCUAAAUAUCUUCAUACCACAUGAUUUUAACGUUUCAGUUGUUUCAUUUAUAAGACAAUGAAUUAUGUGGCAUUUAUUUCAAGCGAUAAUUUACAUUGACUCAGUAUUUCUAAGGAAGAGUUAUUAGAAUUGCUUUGAAAAAUCUCAAACAGUUAAAGAAAAUAGACUGUUGCAAAAAAAAAAAAGGGAGCUUGAUAUAAAAUAGCAGCAUCAAAUGCAAUCAUACUUGGAUGUGGAAGCCUUUUAGAAAUACUGACAGUGUUUUGAGAAUGGAAAAUGAAAGAAAAAAUAAAAAUGAAGCUAAUAACCUGUUAGGGUUUAAUGAUCCUUUCCCAAAUAUCUGUGUUAAUGUUUCAUAGUUAUUACAUGAACUAGUUCUGAUCAGCUGAUGUGAUGCUGUUUUUCCCUCCAGUAAAGGGAAGAACUCUUUGAGUAACACCCCUGGGAUGACUGAUUCUCAGGAGUCAGUGUGUCUCUUCUGCCUCCUUUGGCCUCUGUGGGAGAGCAGAGAGAUGCUUGAGCCCUUCUGGGAUGUGUCUUACAGCAGUAAAUUAAAUGCCAGCGGAUCCUACUUUUGACAACGUAUAGGUGACCGAGGGGCUGACAUUGAAGUGAACUGUAUGGAUGGAGUUCCUAGUGAGGAGAUGUUCAUGCAGUGUCCCUGGGGACAAGGCUGUAGCUCAGGAGGGGGGCAGGGUGCAGGGAAAACACAGCGUCAUCUGCAAUUCUGCAGAGCACUGCCAGACCAGAUUCUCUCAUCCUUAAACAAUAAAACUGGUUUCCACUCUUAACUUUGUGCAGGCUAAUCGCUCAUGGCAGAGUUUCUAAAUAAAUACCCUGCUUCUUGACUCAGAUGAUUGCAAAAGAUGAAGUCAUGUUGUUGAUACAGCGUAGGAGCUAGUGUGAUAACCUGGGAACAGUUUGCCUUUGCUGCAAGGGAGUGUUUCCUCUUAACACGCACACUUUUGAUAAUGUCUUCAGUGAUUAUAGCCCAAAGACUAUCUCGUGGUUCUCCCCAAGUCUUAAACUGAAGAACUGCAGUUCUGCUGUGGGCACAAGCCUAAUUGUGCUUGGGAGGAGCACUGAUGAGGAGCAAACCUCAGCCACAGAGUGGCUUCCAACUCCUCUGACCUCCCACCUCUUCCUUUUCCAUGGUAAUUUAGCUAUUGGUGCUAAAUUGAUGGAGAAUCAGGUGCAGUGGUGACAUGGCUUCCUCGGGGUCAUCUGCAGACAGAAUGUGGGAAAGGAAGAGAUUUCCAGACUGGUAGAGCUGAGCCCUUCCUGGGCCAUUCCCCAGAUUCCCAGCCCUGCCUCUCGGCUGCCUUGCAGGGGCUUCUCCACUCUGCUGUGGACUCCGCUGAUUCCCAGUGGCAGAGCUAAGGGAUCCUUCCAGUGAUCCAGCUAUCCAGCUUCAAGGCAUCACAGAAUGAUUUAUCUGAAGGAAAUGUUGGCUAGCUUCGAGUUUAGAAUCACGAGUGCACUUGGGUAGCUGUGGUGUCGGUUCUGCACAGUCCACUGCCCGUGCAAGUGUGCUGGCGAGUUGCAUUCUACUGCAAGUCUGGAGGGAAGGGCCUGAUGCAGAGCAAGAACUAUUUUCCCACAUGUCUUUGAGGGGAGGGGGAGGGAAACCAUCAGGAUGAUGAUCACAUGGCUGGAAGCUUGUGCCUACUGAACCUGUAGCAAAUAAUUGUUGCUUGAACUUAAUGCUUCCAUGCACCACUGAAGCUGCAGUAGAAUAUAACCUACGGUGCAUAGUUAAGCAUGAGCAGGCUGAUGACCUGCAUAUAAAAAGCAUAUUGGUAAACACUGAGCACCUUCUUAUUUACUCAGGAUUCUUGGCAUUCCCUAGUCUUAAAAUGGAAAUGCAAAUGCCCUGGUAACUCUGACUACUGUGGGCAGGAAAUGCCAGUACUUAAAUAGGUCCUGCUGUAUAGGUCUUAUUUAUUGCUUUCAUUUUGAAAAUUAUUCUAGUUUUGCAUGUGCUCUAAUUUUGAAGCUUUUCCUGAAUGGCUUUGAAGUCCUUUGAAAGUUCUCCAGAUCUUUUCAGACUUCAAAGAUGGAUAGCUUUUUCUUUCUAUCCUACGUAAGGGAUAGAGUAGAACUGGGGGUAUAGUGGAAAUGAUAAUUUUAAAAAAAAUAAUAAUUAGAAAGCCAGACCUUUUCUUUAAGAUUCCUUAAACCAUUCAGAGAACAUGUGCUUUUGCUAGAGGGAAAAGUCCAUGAAUGCUGUGAAUAGUGUUUUACAAGCCAUGUU